CAGACGGCCAGUAGAAACUAACUAACUAAACCUAACUCGUAUUUAUCUCAAGAAGCCUUGUAGCAUAUAAAUAACUUGAAUAUGGCGGAAGAAGUGUUAAUACUUGGUCCAGGAAAAAUAACAUCGCAUCUUACCUCAUCUCUGCUGGCAGUGGCUUUCCUCACCUCGUUUGGUAGCUCAAUGCUUUACGGGUACAACUUAGCUGUGGUCAACUCUCCUGCCGGGUACAUUAAAGAGUUCUAUAACCGUACAGUGGUAAGCCGCAAUGGAACUGGAUUGAACGACGAGGCCCUGACGCUCAUGUAUUCACUCACCGUUUCUGUGUUUGCGAUUGGAGGCCUGAUCGGCUCUUUGAUGGUGGGCACUCUGGUCACCAAAUUUGGAAGGAAAGGAACAGUGGUCAACUCCACUGUACUGGUGUUCCUAGCAGGAUCACUCAUGGGCUUCAGCAGGAUCUGUGGUUCACCCGAAAUGGUCAUCUUUGGUCGUUUUAUAACAGGAAUACAUUCAGGUAUCUCUCUCAGCGUUGUGCCCAUGUACCUGGGAGAGAUCGCGCCGAAAAAUCUGAGAGGCUUCCUGGGGCUCAUGCCCAGCAUUUUCAUUUGUGCGGGGGUUUUCUUAGCUCAAGUCUUGGGCCUGCAUGAACUUUUGGGAAAGGAAGAGCACUGGCCCCUGUUUCUCUCCCUUGUGGUUGUGCCCACCUUUAUCCAGCUGAUGCUCUUACCGUGGUUUCCAGAAAGCCCACGCUACCUGUUGAUUGAGAAGCACAAUGUUCAUGCCACUAUUACCGCCUUGAAAUGGUACAGAGCCAAAUGUAACAUCCAGGCAGAGAUAGAGGAGAUGCAAGAGGAGCAACGCUCUCUGUCCUCAGUGGAGACCGUGUCUGUCUGGCAGCUGAUUCUGGAUCACACUGUUCGCUGGCAGGUCCUGUCCGUGGUGGUUAUCAACAUCGGUAUGCAGCUGUCUGGCAUUGAUGCGAUAUGGUUUUACACCAACGACAUCUUCGAGAACGCCGGGAUCCCGGCGCCCGAGAUCCAGUACACGACUGUAGGAACUGGAGCUAUAGAGAUCGUUGCAGGCCUCAUCGGGUGUUUCACCAUUGAGCGUCUCGGGCGAAGGCCGUUGAUAAUCGGAGGCUUUGGUGUUAUGGGAAUGUGCUGCGCCGGGAUUACGCUGUCUCUCAUUCUUCAAAUACACGUGCCUUUCAUGAGAUAUGUGAGUGUGGGGUGUGUGGUCGGGAUCAUCGCUGGUUUCUGCAUCGGGCCGGCGGGUGUCCCGUUCCUGAUCACAGCUGAGCUUUUCAAGCAAUCCCAUCGUCCCGCAGCAUACACCGUGGGAGGAUCUCUUAACUGGAUGUCCAACUUCACCAUCGGCUUUAUCUUUCCGUUCCUUCAGAUGUCUGCUGGGUCCUACUGCUAUCUGGUGUUCUGUACGAUAUGCGUGUCAGUGGCCAUCUACGUGUACUUUGUUAUUCCGGAAACUAAAAAUAAAACGUUUGUAGAGAUUAGUCAGAUGUUCGCUACGAAAGAGGCUGUGGAAGAGAGCCAGGCCCUCACUCACCCCGAUCAGCUCAAACUGAAAAAGAUGAAUGGAUACGGCACGCUUGAAAACGGCUCGCUUGAAUUCGACAGUUCUUCUUCCUGUCCUUAAACGCAGAAGAAAAGCAAAAAUUGCAUUAGAGAUUGCAUUUAGGAAUGAGAUUAGUUAUCAGCCAUGCAUUAAGAAAGGCACGGUUAAGUGAAUCUUACUUUUGCUAACGGAAGGUCUGUUUCUUCUGGUAACAAAACAUGAGCUGAAAUUAGUUUUCAGAAUCAGAUUUAGAUUUGUAAUGAUGCUUAAACACACACAGCUUUGUGUUACUUUAUAUACAUGAACAGUGCCAUAUACAUGUGCUAUUCGUCACGUGUGUGUUAUGGAAGAAAUUCCUUCAUGUAUAUAGGUCUUAUACAUAUUUUUGUCAUUAUAAGAGUAUAUAUAUAAAUAGUUGCAAUGAUCUCUUGCACAUAUUAUUGUUUAUUAUUUAGUAAUGCUCAGGUGCUAAUGUAAUACUUUAUUAGAAACUUAAAAAUAGGCAGAGAUCAAACUUAUUUGAAAUAUUCCUUUGCUUUUUUCAAAAUUGUUGUUUUAUUUGCAGACAUUUUGAACACUGCUACAACUGUAAAUAUGUAAUGGUACAUAUACACUACUUCAACGUUGCUGGUUUAGUAAGAAUAUGUUUAUUCAGCGAGGAUGCAUUAAAGAUUUUAAGUUUUAUAUAGUUUUAAAUGAAUACUGUUUGCUUGAAUGUUUUAUUAAUCAAAAAAUGUUGAAUAAUACAAAUAUUGAGUUUUCAACAUUUAUAAUAAUAAUUUUAAUUGAGCACCAAUCAGCAUAAAAUUAUUUUUAAGGAUCACGUGAUGCAGAAGAUUGACUGCUGAAAACUAAUAAUAUACUUUCCAGAUUUUAUAUUUUUUCUGAUUUUAUAUUUUUAAAAUCUAAUAAACGCAGCCUUAGGAGAUAGAUCAAAACCAUUUAUAAGUCUUACCAACCCAAAACUUUUGAAUGGGAAAGAAUAAGGUAUAGGUUCCAUUCAUAGUGUUAUCUUGUAUAUUAUCUAUAUAUUAUCUGUAUGUGAUAUCUGAGUUUCGAUCUAAUUUAUAUGGAUAUUUAUAACUGUAUUUGACCUCACAUGUACUAAAAAUAUUUUACGAGUAUUCAAACC